AUGAAUAUAGAUAUAGAGGAGGAGAUUAGUAAUGGUAAUUAUGUUGAAAUUAAUAACACGGAAGUUGUAAUUUUUAGAUAUUUCACAAUGGUCUUAUAUGUUUUAUUAUUUUUUUGUAUCUUAUGGUUUAUCCUGAUGUGUGUAUACUAUUUUCGAACCCCUUGUGAAGCAUGUGAUGUUUUUAAUAGGAUCCUUGUUAUAGCUAUUUUAAUAAAAAGUAUAGCUCAUUUAAAGAUUACAAUAAUAAGGAUAAAGCUUCGACAUGAAAUUGAAAAUGAUGAAAGAUUAAAAAAUAUUAUGAUUUCUUUAAUAAAGUUAUUUAAUUUUUUAACUUUUUUUUUAUCAUUAUUAUCAUUAUAUUUACUUCAUUUUUAUAAAAAUAUAUGUACUACUAAUACAAUAUCUUUAAAAAUAAUCAGAAUAUAUUAUUAUUUUACAAUCACUCUAUAUUUUAUACCUCUAUUAUUUUAUAUAUCAUUAGGAUUAUUUUUAUCUAUUAUUAUUUGUAUUAUGAUAAAUUUCUCAGUUGAUGAAACUGAUAGAAUUCCUACACCUGAAUAUAUUAUCAAGAAAUUAAAAGUUAUGAGAUAUGAAGAUAUAAAUUAUAUACAUAAAAAACGAAAUAAAAAUGGUAACACAGGUGUCAAAACUUUUAUUAAGAAACCAUCCUUUGAAUUAAUCAUAGACAAAGUAAAAAGUGUUAUAAUAGAUAAGGAUAAUACACAAAAAAAUAAACAAAAGAAAAUUAUUAAAAGUAAAGAGGACAAAAAAAUAAAAAAAAAAGAACAAAAAUAUUUAAAAGGAAAAGAAUUAAAUGCUAUUAUUAAUUCAAAUAUAGGAGAUGAAAAUAUACAAGAUAUGUUAAAGCCAUUAAAUUCUUUACCUUCUGAAGAUAAUAAUAAAAAAAAAAAUAACCUUGAAAAAGCAGAUCAGGGUUCAUAUGAAAACAUUAAAAUUUAUGAUGACCAAAAUAAUGAUAAUGAUGAUGAUAUUAUUAUUAGUAGUGAUAAAGAUAUGUCAAAUGAAAGUCAAGAUGAUACAAAUAAUUAUAGUGACCAUGAUAAUCAAAUAUAUAAUCAAAAUGAUGAUGUCUGUUCUAUAUGUAUGAUGAAUUAUAUUAAUAAGGAUGAUGUUAUGAUCAUGCCCUGUGAUAAAAGACACUUUUUUCAUGUCAACUGUUUAACUAAAUGGUUGUAUAAAAGUCAGGUAUGUCCUAUAUGUAGAACUAAUAUUGUCAAUUGUAUUAAUUCAAAAAAUGAAAUAGUAUAA